AUGAAGUUAUCCAGAGCCUUCUUUAGCAAAGAAAAGCCCAUUUUCACGUACGGACCUGCUGUUCUCGAAGAGAUCUUCUUGGAAAUGGUGUUCACGUUCUCAAAGUACAGUGAUCCCAGUCUGAUCAACAUUUACACAACAAGUUCCACAAUAUCAGAAUCAGAUGUUGCUCUUUUAGAGUGCAUUCGUCAGCAUCUUCUUGACGAUGACGACUUUGAAACCCCUGUGAAAAUCGAUGAAAAUGAUCGAUUCCAUUGCCCAGAUUCAAGUUUCAACACAUUCCCGUCGCUGGAGACAACAAUGUCCUUCGAAGCAAAUGAUACAGACGUGGACGUCUAUCCCGAUCCCCUGAAAGACGCCAUGGGAUUGGAAUCACCCAGCUUGUUGAAUGAGCAAACGAUCGAGGAUCAUGGACACGUUGAAGCAAAUGAGGCCAUGCCUGCGGUGAUGCGUGAGUGUGAUGCCCGGCCUGGAGGGUGUCUCUACCGGGGAGUGAGGAGGCGGCCGUGGGGGACGUAUGCGGCGGAGAUUCGGGACCCGAAGAAGAACGGCACAAGGAGGUGGCUCGGGACCUACGAGACGCCACAGGAGGCUGCGUUGGCUUAUGACUGUGCUGCGUUUGCGAUGCGUGGGGCCAAGGCCAGGCUAAAUUUCCCUCACUUGAUCGGUUGUGAUGAGGUGGAGCCGGUGAGGGUCACUCGGAAGCGGCACCACUCACCUGAGGCUGAGAUCGGCUUGCUGGAUCCGACAGGGAGAAAGGAGGACUUGACUGGCUCGGCUGGCGACCCCGACGAGCUUAAUGGCUAUAUCCUGUCGUUCCAAUAG